GGCAAGUGAGUAACAGUGCUUCCAGAGCAGACAACACAACAGAUACUGGAAUUAAGAAUUUCAGAGAAACUAAUGGCAUAUUCAGUUUCAGCAGUCCAACAACCAGGCUGGGAAAAUGACGGCCCCAUCAUCCAACCCUCGGCUAUCAGACAGUCAGGGGAGAAAAACAACUCUGCUCUCCCUCAGGAUUCAAGUUGCGAGACCCCCCUUGUGCCGAUGCCCGUACCCCAGAGACCCCUUGGAUGCCCCCCAGGGCUAGAGUACCUGACUGUGAUGGACGUUUUGCUCAUACAUAAGAAGGAAAACCUUGCUGCAGCUGUUUUUGGAUGCGCCACUGAGAAAAAAUACAAAAUCAAGAAUGGCUUGGGACAGCAGUUCCUAUAUGCUGAGGAGGAGAAUGACUGCUGCAACCUGCAGUGCUGUGGGAGCUCACGGUCCUUCCUCAUCAGAGUUUCGGAUAACCUCGGGCAGCAGAUCAUGACCCUGACCCGCCCCCUGAACUGCGAUGCCUGCUGUUUCCCCGGCUGCCUACAGGAGCUGGAGGUCCAGUCUCCACCUGGCAUUCCAAUUGGAUACGUAAUUCAAGACUGGCACCCCUACCUUCCAAAGUUCACCGUUCAGAAUGAGAGAAAAGAGCCGGUUCUGAAGAUUGUGGGGCCGUUUUGGUAUUUGAAAUGUUGUACGGAUGUAAAUUUCAAGGUGGCAACCUUAAAUGAAACAGAGGUAGUUGGCAGGAUCACCAGCAGGUGGUCAGAUGACGCCUUGCUGAUCACCUUUCCAUUAGACCUUGAUGUCAAAAUAAAGGCUGUGAUGUUGGGAGCCAGCAUUCUCAUUGAUUUCAUGAAUUUUGUUCCUUUUAAAUACGACUGAAUUCAGUAAAAUGCCAGAUGACCUUCACCCUACUGGGACUGUUCAAGAGGGAAUUCAAGAUUAUUCAACUCACUGUAAUGCACCUGCCCGG